UUCUUCUUCAGUCUUGCAUCUGCGCUCCCUGAGCCGGCUCCUCAAGGGCACACGGGCCCUUGCUCCCGAACAGACUGUGGUGUCCAUCAUCUCGACUGCACAAACAGGGGGUAUUUGUGCGUACCGUGGCCACAUGCGGACCCUGCAUUGAGGAAGGGAUGUACUUGUAGC